AAGUUGUUCCGAGCCAAUCUACCACCUCUAAUGAAAACUGUGAUUAUAAUAAGGAACCUGGAAUCUCGCUGGAACCCGAAAGCUCGCUGGAACCCGAAAGCUCACUUUUUCAACAUGGCCAGGCUUACUCCUCUCUUGAAGUCUUUAAAUAUAUUGCUGAUCAAUAUGCCAGAACAAAUGGAUUUAAGGUGAUUCUCUACAAAGGCAACAAUCGUAGUGAUGGCGUGCGUUCCACUCAAGUCUUUGCUUGUGAUCGCUAUGGUUUGUUCAAACCAAAGCCUAAAGAUCCCAAUAAAAAGAACAGAAAUGUAGAAUCGAAAAAAUGCAAUUGCCCGUGGUUUAUUCGUCUCAAUUAUAACCGAAAUGAUGAUAUAUAUUAUAUUUCUCAAGCCAUUUUUCAUCAUAACCAUUUAUUGAUUCCAGUCCAACUUAUGCGUAUCUUGUCUGCUAACCGUAAAAUACCAGUGGAAAUUAAAGAGGAAAUUUUUCUUGCAAAAAAAGCAGGCAUUUCAACAUCACAAAUCCACGAAUUUCAAGCGCAUGAUUUCCUCCUUCUCCUCCAGCAAAAAUGCAAUAACAAUCCUGAGUUUUCUUAUGAGUUCAAGUUGGAUAAUGACAAUCGCUUGAAACAUGUAAUUUGGGCAUUUUCAUCACAAAAAUGGCAAUAUAUGCGUUUUCAUGAUACGAUUAUAUAUGAUAACACGUAUAAGAGUAACUAUUUUUUGAUGCCUUUUGGCGUGUUCACAGGUGUUACUAAUAAUGAUCUCUCUUAUUGUGUUGCUGAUAAUGAUUUCUCAAUAGCUGAUGCCAUCUGUUCUGUUCUGACCGAAAAACAUGGUACCAAGCAUGAUCUUUGUAUAUGGCACAUGCUUAAUAAUAUCAAGUCAAAUAUGACCUCUAAGCUUGGACUAAAGUAUGCCGAGUUUCAUAAGGAUCUUGUUAAGUGUCUUAAUCAUUGCAUCGAUCGAAAUGAGUUUGAGGAGCAAUGGAAUCGUAUUGUGGAAAACGACGACUAUGCUAAAGCAAGAUCAUAUUUAAACAUCCUUAGUCAGUGGCGUGAGCGUUGGGCCCCAGCAUACCUCAAGGACUAUUUUUUUGCUGAUAUGUCAUCAACACAGAGAGGAGAGUCGAUGAACAAAUUGUUAAAGGGCUUCCUCGACAGCAAAACCAGACUCACAGAAUUUCUUGCGGCUUUUGAACGGGCACUUGAUCAUCGUGAAGAGGCUGAGCAUAUUGCUACAUACAAGGAGCUCGUUUACCCCAUCCGUUUGACUUCCCAAAAUCCUAUAGAAAAUCAAGCCAUUAAUUAUCUGACACGGUAUGCUUGGAAGAAAUUUGCGGCUGAAUGGAAUGCCAAAGAUGCAUACGCAUGCGAAGAAACAACAAACAACAAUGGAGUGCGUCAUUUUAAAUUAUCACGCUAUGAAAGGCCUGACAUUAUACGCUGGGUAUACUAUAAUGACUGUAUACUUACUUGUUGCUGUCGUAACCUUGAGUUUGCCGGAAUAAUUUGUCACCAUUCUCUUGCAGUUGUAGUUCAUCUUUCUCUUACCCAACUCGAUCUUGUUCAUUUCUCAAAGCAUUGGCAAAAAGAUCCACCUGAACUGGAGCUUGCAAAAGAUUAU